UUCUGUCGACAAGUCGGAGUCGUAGUACGAGUCAACGACAUCUCAGGCAAAAUUUCAUUUUUCCGUAGCAUAAUUUAAUAACGGGAAAGUAAUCAGUUCUUUAAUGAAAAAAGAAACCAAUUGAAUAAGGAUGAAUCAUUGGUUGAUUAUCUCCAUAUGACAUAACGUUUAAGAUAACGAGUUACGUGAUAUUAAGUAAGGUAGUGUAACGUCAAACUUUCACGGUGGCUGUUUGAAUCUUCUUUCAGAGGGAAAAUAAAACCUUUUCCAGAAUGAAGACACGAUUUAAUACUUACGAUCUUGUAUGUUCAGUAACUGAACUACAGAGGCUUAUUGGCAUGCGUGUCAAUCAAAUUUACGACAUAGAUCAUCGUACAUAUCUUAUACGUUUUCAACGCAGUGAGGAAAAAUGUGUUCUGUUACUUGAGUCUGGUAACAGGAUCCAUACAACAGGUUUCGAAUGGCCAAAAAAUAUAGCUCCUUCAGGUUUCUCUAUGAAGAUGCGCAAGCACCUUAAAAAUAAAAGACUAGAAAGUCUCGUCCAAGUUGGCACGGAUCGAAUAAUAGACAUGCAAUUUGGAAGUGGUGAGGCUGCAUAUCAUAUCAUUUUGGAAGUAUAUGAUCGUGGUAACAUAAUUCUCACGGAUUAUAAAAUGGUAAUUUUGUACGUCUUAAGACCUCACACGGAAGGAGAUAAAAUUAGGUUUGCUGUAAAAGAGAAAUAUCCGUUAGACAGAGCUCACAGUGAAGCAAUGCCACCUGUAGAUGAAAUUCGCGAGCAUCUUCAGAAAGUUAAGGAAGGAGAGAAUCUGAAAAAGGUGUUAAAUCCAUUAUUGGAAUUUGGCUCAGCUGUGAUUGAUCACGUUCUGCUUAAAUCUGGAUUUGCCUUGGGUUGUAAGAUCGGUAAAGAUUUUAACGUCGCUGAAGACAUGCCGAAAUUGAUUCUGGCACUUGAAGAAGCCAAUAAUAUUGUCGAUCACGCAAAGAAAAAUACUUCCAAAGGUUAUAUCAUUCAAAAGAAGGAAAAAAAACCGACUCAAGACGGUAAGGAAGAUUUUAUAUUUGCCAAUAUUGAAUUUCAUCCCUUGUUGUUCGAACAAUACAAGGAUCAACCAUACAAAGAGUUCGAUUCUUUCGAUGCCGCGGUGGACGAAUAUUACUCCACGAUGGAAGGACAGAAGCUAGAUUUGAAGGCUCUGCAGCAGGAAAGAGAAGCUUUAAAGAAACUGGAGAAUGUAAAGAAAGAUCACGAUCAGAGAUUGAUUACACUGGAGAAGACACAGGAGGUUGACAAGCAAAAAGCGGAAUUGAUUUCGAGGAAUCAGACUUUAGUGGACAACGCUAUUCUGGCUAUACAAAGCGCUCUGGCAAAUCAGAUGUCCUGGCCGGAUAUUCAAGUGCUGUUAAAAGAAGCUCAAGCUAGAGACGAUCCCGUUGCCUCCGCUAUAAAACAACUGAAGCUUGAGACAAAUCACAUUUCCUUAUUGUUACACGAUCCUUACGAAGACAGCGACGAGGAGUCCAAGUUGAAACCCAUGAUGAUCGACGUAGACUUGGCUCAUACAGCAUUCGGUAAUGCCAGAAAGUAUUACAGUCAAAAAAGAUCGGCAGCUAAGAAGCAUCAGAAGACGAUAGAGUCGCAAGGGAAAGCUUUGAAGUCGGCGGAGAAGAAGACGAAGCAAACAUUGAAAGAAGUGCAAACCAUACACAGUAUUAACAAACUGAGAAAAGUAUAUUGGUUUGAAAAGUUCUAUUGGUUUAUCACAUCUGAGAAUUAUCUGGUUAUUGGUGGAAGAGAUCAACAGCAGAACGAGUUGAUCGUGAAGAGGUACCUAAGAACCGGAGACCUGUAUGUUCACGCAGAUUUAAUCGGUGCUAGUUCUGUCGUGAUAAAAAAUCCCACCGGCAAUCCUGUACCGCCGAAAUCGUUGGCGGAAGCAGGCACAAUGGCGAUUGCGUACAGUGUCGCCUGGGAUGCUAAAGUAGUGGCGAGUGCAUGGUGGGUGCAUCACGAUCAAGUUUCGAAGAGCGCACCUACCGGAGAAUACCUCACUACUGGAUCCUUCAUGGUACGUGGGAAGAAAAAUUAUCUGCCACCGAGUCAGUUGAUUAUGGGAUUGGGUAUCAUGUUUCGGUUGGAGGAAAGUUCGAUGGAACGGCAUAGGGAUGAGAGAAGAGUCAAAGUCAUGGACGAGGAGAGUGAAACUGCGGAUUCAGUGGUUGAGGACGAUAAGGAAAUAGAACUAGAGGGCGAUUCGGACGAAGAUGAAAAUGUAGAAGACAAAAAUACGUUAAACCCAAUUCAGGAGGAAGAUCAUUUGGAAUCGGAAUCGUGUGGAAUCGCGACAGAUAAUAACGACGUCGUUAAAGAUGAGUGUGACGAUGAAGAAGAAAAAGAGGAAGAUACGAAAUGCCAAUUUCCCGAUACACAAAUAAAAAUCGAUCUUUCGGGCCCGAAAGUGAAACUUCAUAUUGAUGAUAAUCAACCCUUAAUAACAACACAAAAGGAUAUGGAAGAAAGUGUAGUUUACCUCGGAGAUGAUAAGCCUGUUACAAUAAAUAUGUCGGUUAAGGAGAAGCGUGCAAAAACAAAACAGAAAGCACAACCGAAAGAACCAAAGGAGCCGAAAGAAAAGAUCGAGAAAAGUGACAAAACCGAAAGUGAUAACAAGAAGGAAGAGCAACCUGUAUUGAAACGAGGACAGAAAGGGAAACUGAAGAAAAUGAAAGAGAAAUACAAGGAUCAAGAUGAGGAAGAUAGACGACUUUCGAUGCUUGUCUUGCAGUCGGCAGGUGCAGCUAAAGAAGAUAAGAAGAAAAAUAGAAUUAAAGAUCCAUCAGGUCCCAAACAACAAGGGAAGAAAAAGCCAAACGCAAGGCCAAACGUUUCUGCACCAUUUGUGCACAUAAUGGAUAACAUUGACGAAGAAGAUACAGGCCCGACUCCCGAAGUCGAUAUGCUUGAUCAAUUAACGGGAAAGCCAUUUUCAGAGGACGAAUUAUUGUUCGCUGUGCCUGUGGUGGCGCCUUACAACACCUUAUUGAAUUACAAAUUUAAAGUGAAAUUAACACCUGGUGUCGGAAAAAGAGGCAAAGCCGCCAAGACAGCUGUAGCAGUAUUUCUAAGAGACAAAGAAAUAUCUGCGCGUGAGAAGGAUCUAUUGAAGGCGAUUAAAGACGAGAUGAUAGCUAGAAAUAUACCCGGAAAAGUAAAAAUAAGUGCUCCUCAGAUUCAAAAGCUGAAGAAAUGAUUGCUUGAUAAUUUCAACUUGCAUGGUUACAAACUUACCAGUGAUUCAUAAGUAUACAAGACUUAAUUAUAAAGAUGUUUUGGAAAGUAUAUACUUUCUUGCAAUCGCAUUCUCUGGCAAACGUUGAAACAAUAUUCAAUGAAUGUUGAUUGACACAGAAAAACUACACGUUUAUAAGAUUACGAUUAUCUAAAUUUCUAAAUAAUUGCUAACCUUGCUUUUAAGAAUUGGAGUAAAACGAUUAGUAAA